UCGUCUUGAAUUUCAAAUCAUUUAAUCAUAUAACAGUCAGUGAUAAUCCUAAAACUAAGUAAUAUAACAAAGACAUUUUUAUUUUUUAAUCAAUGUAUUUUACUUUGCGAGUAAACAACGAGUGUCUGGCGAGAUAGGAUAACAAAAAGAAUACUAGGGUUAUUUCUGAAAGUGUAUUUUAUUUUCUGUAUUUUAUAUAUUGUACAUAUAUAAAAUCAGCAAUUAGACCGCUUAAUUAAAUUCUACGGUACAUAUAAGUUUACAUCAUGAUAUUACUUUCAUAAUAUUAAAUAUCUUAUAUUACAACGAUUGCUAAAUUGAAACAAGUAUUUCUCACAGUCAUGUUUGUUUAUUUUUAUCAAGAUAAAAGAAUAACAUCUGUUUGCUUCUGGAUAUAUAUGCUCCUGUAACAUCUUAAGGAACAUUCUCCAAAUUUCAUUAAUAAUCAUGUAUGAGAAAAUUAUAGACAAAUAUAUCAAUCUAGAAUAUAAUAAUGAGAAAGAGAAAGCAUUAGAAGAAAUAUUUGCUUUAGCCAAAGAAAUAAAUUAUACAGAUGUUAAUGAUUUUCCAAAAAGAUUGCUUGACACUACAUGUAUGAUCUAUCAAAAUAUGUUUCUUUUCCAAUCUGCUUAUGAAUACAACAAAACAGAAAUUAUCUUGUCGAUAUUGCUUACGAUAUUCAGUGUAUGUAAGGAGCACAAAGUGCAAUUAUUUUGGAAAAUUCCAUCAUCAAAGAUUCAACAAUUCAUGAAAUGUGGUACAAAAAAUGGAAAAAAGAACUUUCAAAGAAAUAUUGUAUUCAUAAAUACGCAUCUGAAUUUUUUUGGUGGUAUUAUGUUUUUACCUUAUCUAAAAAUAGUAAACCGAACAAUAUUGACAUCAAAUUUUAACAAUACUCCAAUACAAUCGAAUAUAUUUGCAUAUAGAGAGAAUUUCUUACAUAUUUCUGAUAAAGAAAUAGAAAUUUUUAAUCUGUUUUAUGAUGGCACAUGGCAUAAACCCGUGAAUAAUACUUAUUGGGAAUGUAAUAACAGAAUGUGGGCAAAUGCAACAAGCGAAGAUAUUAAGAUGUGUUUAGAUUCAGCUAUCCGAGGAUUCAGAACUUGGGCAGUUAUGACAUUUGAUACCAGACAGACUAUUUUACAUAAAAUAAUAGAUGAACUACGAUUAAAUUCUGAAAUCAAAUCAUCAAUAAUAAACAUGAUACACGAAACGUACCUUUAUAAAGAAUCACUAAAUUCUCAAAAUGACAGUUUAGAAAUAAUCGAAAAUCGUAUUCCAAAAGGCGUUAUCAUUCUUAAAGAUAAAAAUGAAGUAAAUUUUUUUCAUCUAUUGAUGUUAAUUUUAAUUUCUGGCAAUUCUACUAUCGUGAUAGAUGAUCCAAAUUCUUAUAGUUUGGUGCGGUAUUGCGAAAUAUUUUCGGUAUAUCUACCAUCAGGCGUUCUGAAUUAUUUAUCGAAUGAAGAUACAAGUAAUAUAGAAAUAGAGUUAUGUUGGACAGAUUACGAAAAUUAUAAAAACCAGAUUUUUGUAGAAUCAAAUUUUCAGAAGACAUUUUUGAACCUUACUGUGCCUAAACAAAUUAUACUCACUCUCAAAUAGUUUCAAUAAUUUAUAAACAGCAUGAUUAUGUUUGACAAGUAUAUAGGGUCCACUUAAAUCAAACACUUUGAAUAUUUCUUUUUGAUGAUAUGAAAACAGAUGAAAAUAAAACGGUUUCGAGAGGAACGUAUUUUGAUCACGUUAUUUUUAAAAUAUGGGUCUUCCUCGAAAUUUUUCCCAUUUUCAUUUUCAUUUGAAACAUUUUUUUUGUAUCAUCAAAAAUAAAUGAAAUAUUCAAGGUAUUCGAUUUAAGUAAACCACUCUGUAGAAAGUACAUACGUAAAAAAGAUAAAUAUUUAAUACAUUAUAAAGAUGUAUUUAUCUUAACUGAAUAAUUUUAGAACAAUUCUUUAUCAUAUUCAUUAAUCGAUUCUCUCCAAUGAAAAACUGAAAAAAUUAGAUGAUAUAACAUGCACAUUACAAAUCUUGAUUUUAUGCUAUGACGAAUAUUUUAAGAAAGGAAUAAGAAGGUUUAAGAAUGUUCCGUUCUUUUUACUUUUGUAUGUACAAAUAUCUGUAAUGCUUGACUGUGAGGUUAUCAUAUGCACAACGUAUGCACACAUGAAAAUAUAUGACGUUCUUGAGAAUUAGAUAGUAUUAGAUAAUAUUUUUAUAUAAAGUAACUCGUACUUUGCACUUUUGUAUCAGCAAUUAAGCAAAUAAAAAAAAAUAUAGAAAAUA